AAACGUGCCACAUCAUCUACUUUUAAAUAUAUUCCAAAACAUUUGCUAAAGAAUAAAAUCUUUUCUCAACUAAUGACAAAUGAAAGUUUUCAAAAUUUGUUUAGUUUAGCACAAUCUGAUAAAGAGUCAAAUAUGUGGGCACAAUUAGCUGAUUUUGGUAGAAGAGGAAUUUUUAAUGAUAAUAAAACAUUUAGAGAUCUAGUGGAACUUAUGUUACAAAUAAAAAAAUUAGAAGUAGAAGGUAAAAGUAAGAAAGGGCUUAGAUAUUCAGAACAUUUACAUAAUUUUUUUAGUCUUCUGUCAAAUAGUAGUAGAGAGUAUUUAAUUUUUAAAAACAUGUUGGCUGGCAUGGAUUUACGUUCUAUUCGUUACUUAUGUUCAAAAAAUCAAGAUCUUUUGACAAACCCUAAUUUAACCUAUGAAAAUGUUGCUAGGUUUGCAUGUGCUGCUAAAGCUUUAAACUGGGAUGGUCCAGUUGUUGCAAUGACAGAUUGUACAAAAGUUCGUUUAAAAUUAUCAUAUUCACAAGAAUUAGGAUGUAUUAUGGGGUCAAUUUUAAGUUUUGAUCAAGCUAAAGUUGAAACUUAUGAUGAUAUCCAUAUUAAAAUUAAUGAAAUCAGAGCAAACAAUUCCACUGCAACUCAAGUACGAUGCAUUUUAUUAAAAAUUCCAGUUGGGAGAAUACCUCCAGUUGUAAUAGCUCUAAUUCCAACUAAAAGUGAUUCUACAGAAAAAAUUGUAGAUUAUUUUAAAGAAGUAAUUAAAAUGUCAUUACAAGCAAAUAUUAAUUUGAUUAGUAUUGGCACAGAUGGUGCUUUACCUGAGUAUAAUGCACAAAUUGAAUUGGUCAAGGGUUUUGGAACUAAUGAAUUUCUUUCAUAUAAUAAUGAGCAAUAUAAUAUUAAUUUCAAAGCACCAAUUUUUAAUAACAAACCUAUAAUUCGUGUUCAAGAUACUAAACAUGCAAAAAAAAAUGGCAGAAAUAAUGUAUAUUCUGGAUCCCAUUUAUUAAAAAUGGGAAGUGAUACUGUUAGGUAUGAUCAAAUACUAACAUUAGCACAUGAAGAAAACUCUGUGUUAUAUUUAAGAGAUGUAAUCAAUACAGAUAAACAGGAUGAUGGUGCAGCAUAUAGAUUUUUCCAUUCAGAUUUUCUAAAACAAUGUCAAAGUGAACUUUUUGAUGCCUAUUUAAAUAGGACAAUAUGUCACAAAACAAGAAUUAUCAUGGUCAUGAGAGCUUAUUUUUUUUUGAAUAUGUGGAAAGAAUAUCUAAAUAAUUGUGCCAAUAUUUAUUCACAAAAAUGGUACUCAUUUAAUAAAUCAUGUAUUUCUAUACAAAGUUGGAAAAUUUUUGGAAGUUUAGCAGAAUCUAUGGUUUUGUUGGUGUUAGCACAUUGUAAUUAUUAUUCAAAUUAUCCUUUUUUACCUUGGGAGCAUGGUACUGAAUCAAUAGAACACUUGUUUGGUCUUGCAUGGCAAAUCAUUUCAGAUUUUUCUUAUUAUGAAUUCUAUAAGAUAUUACAAAAAAUUACACACCAUGAUAAAAUUUUAUGUCAAGAGAAUUUAACACAAACAAGUGAAAAAUCUUCAGCUGAAGGCUAUAUUUUUGAUAUUGAUGGGUCAACUUUAUCAAAUAAUGAUAUUGAAAUACUACGCCAGUGGCCAACGGAUAAUGAAAUAGAUGAUGCUGUUAGGAUAGCUUAUGAAAAUGCUGUAUCAUUUACAAAAUUAUUAAAAAUGAAUCGUAUAUCUUCUUCCUCCAUUUCAGACCCAAUCAUUAAUGAUUGUGAAGAUGAAAUAGAAUCAAAUAUUAAUGAUGAAUAUUGUGCCACAAUUGAAGAGGCUGCUGUGGAAACAAUGAGAUUAUGUAAAUUAAAUGAUUUUUCUGUUGACAAUAACAAUGAUGAAUCUGUAAAUGACUCAAAUAAUUUAGUUCAUUCAGUGGAAAUUCAAUACAUUUUGAACAAUGAACCUUCAACUGAUACAUAUUUU